GCAUGAAAUCUAGGUAUGCAGUUCUAAUAUUUUUAGUGCUGCAAUUAGGACAACUUUCUGCUGAACUCUCCAGAAUAAAAGUCAGACAAGAUGGACAUUAUGUUGACAACCAGGGUAGAGUUAGAAUAUUCCACGGGUUCAAUGCAGUGAACAAAGCGUUCCCCUGGUAUCCCCAACACAUGAGCAACGCCUCCCUGGUUAAGCACUACAAAGAGUGGGGGUUCAACGCUGUCAGACUGGGAACCAUGUGGUCUGGAGUGGAACCAGAGCAGGGUAAAUACAACGAAACUUACCUUCAAGUUAUCAGAUCUCAGCUUAGCCUUCUGGCUGUUAACGGCAUGCACGCUUUUCUGGACAUGCACCAAGAUGUGCUGUCAAAAAGAUUCGGAACUUACGACGGAGCACCGGCUUGGUUGGUGGAUAUUCUUCCCAAAGGUAGAAAUCCAUAUCCCUAUCCUUGGAAAUCAACCAAACCAUUCUACGGGGGAAACUGGGCAUUGCAAUAUCUUACUGAAGAUUGUGGAGCAGCAUAUCAAGGGCUCUACGACAACGUCAACCACUCCCAGGACAUGUUCAUAGCAUUCUGGAAGAAAGUAGCCUCUACUUUUAAAGACGUGACGAGUGUGCUAGGUUACGAGCUGAUUAACGAGCCGUGGGCAGGAGACGUUUGGGCUGACCCUCUCCUGUUUCAACCUGGAAAAGCAGGAUCUCAGAAUCUCUUCCCGAUGUAUGACAAGAUAGCCCGAGCUAUCAGAGACGUAGAUAACGACACAAUCAUCAUGUACGAACCUGUCACGUGGGGUAUUUGGUUUAAUGGAGAAGCAGGAACAGGAUUUGAAACAGUACCAGGGGGUCCAGAGUUCAGAGACCGGAGUGCCCUUUCUUACCACCUUUACUGCUGGGUCAAGAGUGGUGACAGUGACCCCCUGUCUUUCUUUGAUAAGGUCUUGUGUGAUGACCUUCUAGCAGCAGAUGUGUUAACUAACGCCAAGAAGGAGUUCACUAGGACAGGAGGGGGUGGGUUCCUGACCGAGUUUGGAGAGUGUAAACCAGAUGGGAGACAGAACUCUUCCAACACCGUGCUCUGUGAAACAGUUCUCAAGUUAGCUGACGAGAAUCUAGUGAGCUGGACAUACUGGGAUACAGAUUUUUUUGAUGCUAGUGGGAACGUCCAGUUGGACACUGUGAAGCCCUUCAUCAGAGCGUAUCCUAGGGCCAUAGCUGGAACUCCUUUGGGUCUCUCUUGGGACAUGAAGAGUCACUCGAUGGAGUUUAACUUUCUACUGGAUCCUACGAUCACGGCUCCUACUGAGAUAUUUGUUCCUCCCAUCUACUUCGGGGAAGGAAUUGAAGUGGCAAUAUCUGAUACCUUGGUGUACACUUGGGACCUGGCCAAUCAUGUCAUGCUUAUCUAUCCCAAGAAUUCUGUUACAAAUCCAGUUGAGGCUAAGGUGUAUCUUACACCCAAGUUUUCUUGAAUUUAUAAGCUUGAAUUUAGUUAGAAAUAUCUGUUGUUUCUUUCUAUACAUCAAUAUUGAAUAUUAGUUAGGUAAAUUGCUUA